AUGGAAAAUUAUACCUAUUCGCCAGACGAAUCAGAAGAUUCUGAUACCAAUGAAGUUAUGGAGAUGGUGGAUCCUUCAUGUGAUCCUAACAAACCUGUAAAGGUUUCGUUUGAAGAAAUAACCUCAGCUGCUUAUAGAAUUAAAUCAGGAAUAGUCAACACAGCAUGUUCGAAAUCACACAUGUCAGAUCUUACAGGAAUGGAUAUUUACUUAAAAAAAGAUUUUUUACAACACACUGGAAGCUUCAAAGAAAGAGGAGCCCGGUAUGCCAUGCUUAUGUUGACAGAAGAACAGCGACAAAAAGGCGUGGUAGCGGCUUCUCUUGGCAACCACGCGCUAGCUGUAUGUUACCAUGGUUACCAGCUAGGUAUUCCGGUAACUGUAGUGAUGCCCAUUAUCGCGCCAAUCAUGAAGAUACAAAAAUGCAGAGAUUACAACGCUAAAGUUAUAAUGGAAGGCAAGGACAUGGGAGAGGCGAAAAAAAUAGCUAUUCAGUAUUCUAAGAAGAAUGACUUGACUUACAUAAAUGGGUAUGAUAAUCCACAAAUAAUAGCUGGACAGGGUACUAUAGCGUUAGAAAUUUUGGAGCAAGUUCAAGAUGUUGACGCCAUUGUAGUGCCAACAGGUGGUGGUGGCCUAUUAGCUGGAGUAGCUGUUGCCAUCAAAACAUUAAAUCCAAACAUAAAAAUUAUUGGCGUCGAAUCUGAAAGAUGUGCAAGUUAUAACGCAGCAAUGGAAUCCAGCAAACCAAUAUUUACUAGCAUUGGUGGAACCUUGGCAGAUGGGCUGGCUGUACCUAUGAUUGGAUACAAUGCUUGGGAAACAUCCAAGAAUAUAAUCGACAAAAUGGUGGUUGUGAAAGAAGAAUGGAUUGCUGUUGCAAUCUUGAGAUUUGUAGAAUUGGAAAAAUGCGUCGUUGAAGGAGCUGGAGCUUGUGGAUUAGCUGCAAUUUUAGCUGGACAACUGGAUGAAUUUAAAGGCAAACGCGUUGUUUUAAUUUUGAGUGGUGGUAAUAUUGACACAACAAUUUUGGGACGCUGUUUGGAAAGAGGUUUAGCAGCUGAUGGCCGAUUGGUUAAAUGCAAAGUUACCGUAAGUGACCGACCAGGAGGAAUAUCAGAACUUUGCAAAUUAAUAGGGUCAAUUGGAGUAUCUAUUAAAGAUGUUAUACAUGAAAGAGCCUGGGUUACAUCCGAUGUUUUUAGUGUUGAGGUAAAAGUGGUGUGUGAAACGAGAGAUUACAAUCAUAGUGUGGAAUUAAGAGAUUUGCUCUACUCUCGGUACAAAAAAGUAAGAUUUGAUAAUAACCAAUUUCAGUCCCAAGUAUCCUCUACCUCAGACUAUGAUUAA